AUGCGCUAUCGAUUGUCGCCUAUACUUAACUUUCUGGGUGGGCUUGAAUCGCUUCACAUCGCAUAUUCUAACAAAAGGUUGGGUACUGCAGGCAUUGCUAGACGAAUGAUCAUUAUGACAACAGGAGAUGCAGUAAAAAAUAGGUUUCCGCAUUUAAAUGUAACUUGGGAGAUAUUAGAUUAUGAUUCACCAGCACGAAUAGAAGCUAAAACAUUGACUGGUAAAUUUGAAAGUUUUGUUAUAGAGGGCUUUGACAAGUCAAAGCGAGCAGAGAUUCUAGAUAAUUGGAAAUUUAACGCCUCAUUAGAUCCAUUUCAUGAGGUGUUGGCACCAAAAAUUCCAGAAUCUGCUGGAUAA